UGUGUGCAUGUGCGUGUGUGUGUUCCUGAGGCAGGAUCCGACGGCUUCAGGGAGGAGGUGGUGGUCUUGCAUCGGGCCUGGAAGAGGGCUGGAAGUCUCCGAGGCAGGUCCGGAGCGGGACCCCCGCGCCCGCGACACCUGGAGGGGAGGUGGGCUGAGCACGGCGCGGCUGGCCAGACUGCAGUGGUCUGAGCGCCAAGCUGCCGGGACAGGCCCGGAUGGAGCUGCGCCAUCUAGCGGCAGCCCUCACGCUGCAGCCCGGGCACACGCCCGUCGCGGUGCCGCCCUCAGGGGGAGGGCCUCUGCGGAAGACUUUAAAGGUCCUGAGGAAGGCAGGCGGUCUCGUAGGACCGAAGGUAGCAAGAGGGCUAGAAAUGUCCGGAUCUGGGCGACCGCGCCUCCAGGGAAGAGGGGAGGUGGACUGAGGACCAGGACAGAGACACUGAGCCCGCAAGGCUGGCAACUGGGAGCUUGGGGUCCUGGCUGGGAAGUGACGACUGGUGGAGAGGCCCGGGGCCGUGCCUGGGCCGACAUUUGUCCAGCCCCGGAGGACGGAGUGUGAGGGGCCUCCCGGUGGAGCCAUGAGCUGGGCGGGACCCUGAGAGCAAGGACCCCUUCCUGCUCCCUGGCAGGACGAUGCCUGUGCUCGGCCCCCAGAGGCAGCUGCUGAGUCCCCUCAACUCCACGUCCCCAGCCACCCCCCGCCUCGGGCUGGCCACCAACCAGACGGGGCCCCAGUGCCUGGAGGUGUCCGUUCCCGAAGGGCUGUUCCUCAGCUUGGGGCUGGUGAGUCUCGUGGAGAACAUGCUGGUGGUGGCCGCCAUCAUGAAGAACCGCAACCUGCACUCGCCCAUGUACUACUUCAUCUGCUGCCUGGCCGCGUCCGACCUGCUUGUGAGCAUCAGCAACGUGCUGGAGACGGCCGUCAUGCUGCUGCUGGAGGCCGGCGCCCUGGCCCCUCGGGCCGCCGUGGUGCAGCAGCUGGACGACGUCAUUGAUGUGCUCAUCUGCAGCUCCAUGGUGUCCAGCCUCUGCUUCCUGGGCGCCAUCGCCGUGGACCGCUACAUCUCCAUCUUCUACGCCCUGCGGUACCACAGCCUCGUGACAUUGCCCAGGGCGUGGCGGGCCAUCGCGGCCAUCUGGGUGGCCAGCAUCCUCGCCAGCACCCUCUUCAUCGCCUACUACAACCACGCGGCCGUCCUGCUCUGUCUCGUGAGCUUCUUCGUAGCCAUGCUGGUGCUCAUGGCGGUGCUGUACGUCCACAUGCUGGCCCGGGCGUGCCAGCAUGCCCGGGGCAUUGCCCGGCUCCACAAGAGGCAGCGCUCCACCCAGCAGGGCUUCGGCCUCAAGGGCGCAGCCACCCUCACCAUCCUGCUGGGCACCUUCUUCCUCUGCUGGGGCCCCUUCUUCCUCCACCUCUUGCUCAUCGUCCUCUGCCCUCAACACCCCACCUGUGUCUGUAUCUUCAAGAACUUCAACCUCUUCCUCACCCUCAUCAUCUGCAACGCCAUUGUGGACCCUCUCAUCUAUGCCUUCCGCAGCCAGGAGCUCCGGAAGACGCUCCAAGAGGUGCUGCAGGGCUCCUGGGCUGAUCCUCCGCAGCCAGCCCCGGCCCCAGCGCGUCCGCCUGCGUCCCGCAGCCGCCCGCCACACGCACCGAGCAUGAGGGAGAUCGUGCACAUCCAGGCCGGCCAGUGCGGCAACCAGAUCGGGGCCAAGUUCUGGGAGGUCAUCAGCGACGAGCACGGGAUAGACCCCAGUGGCAAUUAUGUAGGGGACUCGGACCUGCAGCUGGAGCGCAUCAGCGUCUACUACAACGAGGCCUCUUCUCACAAGUAUGUGCCUCGGGCCAUCCUGGUGGACCUGGAGCCUGGAACCAUGGACAGCGUCCGGUCUGGGGCCUUUGGGCACCUCUUCAGGCCUGACAACUUCAUCUUCGGUCAGAGUGGGGCCGGCAACAACUGGGCCAAGGGCCACUACACGGAGGGUGCCGAGCUGGUGGACUCGGUCCUGGACGUGGUGCGGAAGGAGUGUGAGAAUUGCGACUGCCUGCAGGGCUUCCAGCUGACCCACUCGCUGGGGGGCGGCACGGGAUCGGGCAUGGGCACCCUGCUCAUCAGCAAGGUCCGCGAGGAGUACCCCGACCGCAUCAUGAACACCUUCAGCGUGGUGCCCUCGCCCAAGGUGUCGGACACGGUGGUCGAGCCCUACAACGCCACGCUGUCCAUCCACCAGCUGGUGGAGAACACGGACGAGACCUACUGCAUCGACAACGAGGCGCUGUACGACAUCUGCUUCCGCACUCUCAAGCUGGCCACGCCCACCUACGGGGACCUCAACCACCUGGUGUCGGCCACCAUGAGCGGGGUCACCACCUCCCUGCGCUUCCCGGGCCAGCUCAACGCCGACCUGCGCAAGCUGGCCGUGAACAUGGUGCCCUUCCCGCGCCUGCACUUCUUCAUGCCCGGCUUCGCCCCGCUCACCGCCCGCGGCAGCCAGCAGUACCGCGCGCUGACGGUGCCCGAGCUCACCCAGCAGAUGUUUGACGCCAAGAACAUGAUGGCGGCCUGCGACCCCCGCCACGGGCGCUACCUGACCGUGGCCACUGUCUUCCGGGGCCGCAUGUCCAUGAAGGAGGUGGACGAGCAGAUGCUGGCCAUCCAGAGCAAGAACAGCAGCUACUUUGUCGAGUGGAUCCCCAACAACGUGAAGGUGGCCGUGUGCGACAUCCCGCCCCGCGGGCUCAAGAUGUCCUCCACCUUCAUCGGCAACAGCACGGCCAUACAGGAGCUGUUCAAGCGCAUCUCGGAGCAGUUCACGGCCAUGUUCCGCCGCAAGGCCUUCCUGCACUGGUACACGGGCGAGGGCAUGGACGAGAUGGAGUUCACCGAGGCCGAGAGCAACAUGAACGACCUGGUGUCCGAGUACCAGCAGUACCAGGACGCCACGGCCGAGGAGGAGGGGGAGAUGUAUGAAGAUGAUGACGAGGAAUCCGAGGCGCAGGGCCCCAAGUGAAGCGGCUGAGGGGUGGGACGCGGCCGCGGCCAGGACCGACAGGUCUGUCCCCUGAGCCAUGUAGCCACUGACACACCCCUGCCCUUUCUCCCACCAGGCCCCGUCAUGUCACCCUAGGGCUCCCAAGUGUGUGUCCUUUAGUACUUACAGCAUCCCCGCCCCGUGUGAGUCUUCUCCGCUGUCUUCCGCCAUAGGUCAAAUCCAUUUUGCGUGGCCCGAUUGUCUCUCUGCUUUAUCAUCAGCUCCAGGCCUGAUGUUUUAUGGUUUGGUUCGUUUUUUUUACUGGUUUGUGUUUAUAUCUUGGGGGGAUACUUAAUAAAUUUAUUGCUGUCGGA